AUGGCGCCUGAACAAAGAGGUGAUGUGAAGAACCUGGCUGGAUCGGAGGUCCCUGUGCCAGCGCCUCCUCCUAUCCAUCCGUCCUUCAUCCAGGUAGCCAAGCCAUACAUCUUCGAGCAGACAAUCCAGAAGUGUAUUGCGGCCAUGGGCGUCAAUCCUCUGCGUGAGGAGGCUGUGCGCCUGCAGGGUGUGACCUGGAUCGAUAAUGUUCGUCGGGUGCUUUACUUACCAAUUCGGACCUUUAAUACAGCCGUGGUGUAUUAUCAUAAGUUUCGGCUUAUUCAUCCUGACACGGAUUAUAAUUACAUGGACGCCGCCGCGGCUGCACUCUUUACGGCCUGCAAGGUCGAGGACACCCUCAAGAAGUCCCGGGAGAUUGUUUGCGCCGCGUAUAAUCUCAAGCUACCCCAAUCUGAACACAUAUCCCCCGAUAACCAGGUGUUUGACAGCCCGGCCAAAGGCAUCAUCGGCCUCGAGAGGCUUAUGCUUGAAAGCUCAGGUUUUGAUUUCCGAACCCGCCACCCACAGAAAACACUCGUCAAACUUGCAAGGAAAUACGGUUUCACGACGCAAUCGGAAGUUUCGAAUGUCGCAUAUCGCAUCUCCCAGGACCUCUAUCGCACAUUUGCGCCCAUUAAGCAGACAACAUCUACGAUGGCCUUUAGCUGUCUUGAAUUGGCGGGGAGACUUCUCGACCGGCGGAUCGAGGCUGUUGAGCUGGGGUUGGACUAUGAGCAGUGGAAAACCACUCGGGAGGAGGUGAUGGAAACCCUCCUCGACCUCCUUGAACUAUACACCCAUAACCGCGGCUCUACAACCGUCGGCCCCCAUUUCCCUGCGGACCGAUUCCUUACCGUCCGCAUCCCGCUGAACAAAGAAGUAGAAACCCAACAUCUCCCGCGUUAUACACACUGGAUCGAGCAACCCAAAGACAAAUCCCAAGCCCAUGCCCCAGCCCAAGAAAAAGACAAAAACAAGGACAGAAGGGAAACAGAGAAAGAGAAAGACAAAGCACUGUUCACCAACGGCUCUAGAAACGACAAAAGCAACAACAUAGCGAUCGAGAAGGAGCCAAUCUCGCAUCCUCUCAUCCCCGUUUCCGCGAAUGGCGAGCGGCCCAGACCAGAUGAGAAGGGCCGCGACGGAACCGUGCGGUUUAUGCUUGAUCCUGAAUGUGCAGAAGCCGAAAGAUCGCACGUCGCUGAAUACUUUAAGGUUGAGAUGGAGGAAUAUGAAGUUGAGGAGUGA